ACAGCGAGCCCGUAUCUGAUCUCUAUGACUGGAUGGACUCGGAGCUCUUCAAUGAUCAUGAUCGGGCAGCAGCAGCUACGGCGGAGGAUGGCGUUCAGGACUUCACUGAGGCUGAUCUUAACUAUCGGUUGGUCUCAAGAAUGCCGCGGCGAGUAUUUGAGAGGGAAGAUAGGAGUAUGAAAGACGCUGGGAUCGAGAACCAGAUUGUGAGACUUCCUCGAGCUGUUCGUUCAUCAGCAUG